AUGGCAACCCUAACCUCAUCGGCUUCUCGGCCGCAGUCACAGGUGGUCACCUCGAUGACGAACUUGUCGGUCCUACCUCCAAUCAUAACAGAUGCUUCCGGGAAGACACAAAUCGGGCAGCGGACAUCCUCGUAUGCGAAAGAUCGUCUAUCGACGUACUCGAAUGUUUCCGCAACUUCUCAAAAUCGCUCUCGUCCUGGUUCGCAUGUGUUCCCAAUCUUCCAUUCCAGCUUGCCAUAUGCGCUCGUUCGGGAUUUCGCAUACCCCCCAAUCCACCCACUUCAUUACGGUCCUCUGCCACCCCGUGCCUCCGGUGUGUCCACUCCAGCAAGUGAGCAUCGGCGCCUUUCGGACCCUCCCGCACCAUGGGAUAACUCGCGUGGUCAGUGGUCUUCGGGCCCUUGGAGAACGGACCAAAGUCAUGGACAGCAGCAAUUACCUGCAAUGUCGUUUGGCGAUGGGCCCCCUUAUAGUGAAGAUGAAGAUUUGCAUAGCCCAGUGUUCUCCGCGUCGCGCCACCGCAAGAAUAAGUCGACAGGGAUGAAUGCGACUGGCCGAAGAACGAGAAGUCCCGGUCGCGGCCAUCAAUCUGCCUAUUUCUCCGGUGACUCUGACCGAGGAAUACUGGUCAGCAUGAACGCGGACGGCAGUGAGACAUAUUAUGUCAAUGAUGACGAUGACGGGACAGAUGAUGGCCCCGGGGGAGAAUAUGUCACCUAUCCUCCGAAUGAGAGCCGACAUUCUCACAUGGGGAACGAAACUUACGGUGACUAUCGGGAGCGUGAGCAUGAUGCGGGGUUCGAGUCUGAGGACGAUUAUUCCGGUGCCGACCGAUACUCGGGCGAUUUCCAGUUCGCGGUUGGUUGCCCCGAUGAGGAGAUGCAUGGCAAAGCGGUUGCGCUGUUUGAUUUCACCAGAGAACAUGAGAACGAGCUGCCCUUGACUGAGGGACAGGUGAUUUUUGUCUCAUACAGGCACGGCCAGGGCUGGCUAGUCGCGGAGGAUCCAAAGACUGGUGAAAGCGGUUUGGUACCAGAGGAAUUCGUUCGGUUACUUCGAGACAUCGAAGGUGGCCUGACAUCGCUUAGCGUCGACCCAAGUCUGGAUGCUGAGGAGGAUGAUAGCACAUACUUGAGCCCGGACUCAACCGACUCAGAGCAGGCCAUCACACCAACUCAGAAUGACCAACUGCCUCUGAGCUCUGAUAGGGGGUCUGUUCAUAUUGCCAACAGCGCAACGAAUCUGGAGAGUUCCUCCGUCAUCCCAGCUGGCGGUGGCGAGGCCGAAUCGAACCCGUCACAUUUCCUGCACAACGGACAGGAGAUCGACAGCGCCCCACCAAUGGAACAACGAUUGUCAGAGAAACAGACGACAAAAAGGGAAAGCCAGAUUGGUAUCCUGGCGAAGACAUGA